CAAAUCUGGCAACACUGCCAUUGUGACGUCACGUAAAAUAGGCUGACGACAUCUUUUUAGACUUCGCAAUAGAAUGAUUUUCAGUGGAUUUUCGUAGUGAUUCUACGUUUUAUUGUGUUUUUAAAAAGUAAUAAACGUUAAAUUUUAUUAGUUUGUGUUAGAUUCGCUCUAUGCAAUGGGCGAUUUAUAAUUUUGUGACUGCGAGUGAUGUAUGAAGGAAAGGAAAAAGAAAAUGGCUACCUUCGAACGCAUGUUGUUGGCCAGGAAACAUGUAAUCAUAAGUGAAAAAUACAACGUUGUACGCAAAAUCGGCGGUGGAAGCUUUGGAGAUAUCUUUUUAGCGAUAAAUAUCAACGAUGGAGAGGAGGUAGCAGUCAAGGUUGAGUCCAUAAAGGCGCGGCACCCACAGCUUCUCUAUGAGAGCAGAGUGUAUAAGAUGCUCCAAGGGGGCAUCGGCAUACCACACAUAAGAUGGUACGGCUACGAGAAGGACCACAACAUCCUCGUGAUGGACCUGCUGGGUCCAUCACUCGAGGACCUCUUCAACUUCUGCUCGCGCCAGUUCACGAUCAAGACUGUGCUUAUGCUUGCAGACCAGAUGCUCGGGCGCGUGGAGUUCAUCCAUUGCAAGUGCUUCAUCCACCGGGACAUCAAGCCGGACAACUUCCUCAUGGGAAUCGGCCGCCACUGCAACAAGCUCUACAUGAUCGACUUCGGGCUCGCCAAGAAGUUCCGCGAUUUGCGCACGCGCGCGCACAUUUCUUACCGCGAGGACAAAAACCUGACCGGCACGGCGCGUUACGCAUCGAUCAACGCGCACCUCGGCAUCGAGCAGUCGCGGCGGGAUGACAUGGAGUCACUCGGCUACGUACUUAUGUAUUUUAAUAGAGGAUCGCUGCCGUGGCAAGGGUUGAAGGCCAUCACGAAGAAACAGAAGUACGAGCGGAUUAGCGAGAAAAAGAUGUCUACACCUGUCGAGGUGCUGUGUAAGGGAUUCCCGGCCGAGUUUGCCAUGUAUUUAAAUUACUGCCGCGGGCUAACCUUCGACGAAGCCCCUGACUACAUGUACCUAAGACAGCUGUUCCGCAUCCUGUUCCGCACGAUGAACUACCAGUACGACUACACGUUCGACUGGACCAUCCUGCGGCAGCGCAAGCAGCACAUGGAAGCCGGCGCCGCGCCGCCCGACCGCCGGUCGCCGUCCGUCCAGCGGCGCGCGGCCCAGCAGCCGCCGCAGCCGCCGCCCAACAACGAGGUGAAGUCGGUGCACGCGACCAACGAGUCGGCGGCCAACAAGCCGGCCGUCAAAGGACACCAAUCCUGAAAGAGAAUACGACGUUCGGCAGCAAGCGGUGCUCCGGCGAAGAAGCGAGCGCGAUAGCGGCGUGUGUGAGUGUGUGUGUGUGUGUGUGUGUGCCGGGGCCAGCUGCGUCAGUGCGUCGACUGCGAACUAGCUUUUUUUCUAUUACAGAGGCCUUUUUUAGUUAUAUCGUCGAUAGUGAACGAAAGUGUCGGCCGAAACACGGUGACUAACUUUUAUUGUUAGAGUUGUGAAUCGAUCUUACUUUGAUUUGAUUGUAUUAUACUUUAAAUGUUCAUUUUGUAAUGAAUGAAUUAGGGUCCAUUAUCGUUCGAAUUGCAUUUUUAUGAAAAUAAAUCCAUUGUAACAAAUAUUUAACUCUGUGACAUGUUCGGUUUGUAGUUUAAUGUUACUCUCAAUAAUUAAUUAGUUUGAUGUUAGUUUUCCUAAUUAGCUAGUGUUUACAUUCAAUUUAUUGAUUAAUCGUAAUGUCCUGAGUAUUUCAACGAUUACUGUAUAUAAUAUAGUGUAUGUACGCCGCGAAUGGCUGAAAUACUUUAGUCAGGAACUCGACGCGGUGUAAAACAAUAUUGGCUAAUAUCGUUCAUUAAAAAUUUACUGAUUACUAAUGUAAGUAGGUUUUUCUGUAAUAAAAAGAGAAAAAAUAUGUAAAAAUCUAAAAAAAUAUCUAGUUAAGUAAAUCUGAUUCCCGCUCCGGCGGAGAGCGCCGCGCGCGUCCCCAAUAGCUAUAGGUAUUAAUUUUGGUUUCGAUUCGGUUAUAAAAUAAGGUAAUUAAUAUAAAAUUGUACAUAAAAGAUAUAGCCGCGAGCGCCGCUCCCCGACGGAGGUCGGUACAUAUUAUGUAUCGUGUAUUUUAAAACAAAGUAAACAUAAUUGUAAAUAUUGAGACAGUGUUCAUUUUAACUGUUAUUUUUUUAAGAACACGCUAAUAUUUCGUUCGGUCUGUAAGCGGGGUCCCGCGACGCGUGUACCGUAGAAUCCGUUGAUAGCCGCUCACCUCGAGGUGAUAUUUUUAUAUGAAGACGACCGUAGGCGACUCAAAGACCAGGCUCGCGGGGCCCCUACUCUAAGAUAAUGUAACAGAGAUCUUGUAUGAUUGCGAGCGCGGAUGUAUCAAAUGGAGACAAAAUAUAUAGACUUUAAACUUAACGACAUUGUAACGACAACACAAUGACUAUCGUAUUUAUCUCAUUGUGAUAAUAUGGAUCUCAAUAUUCCUCUUUUCUACAAACAUGCGAUUUAAGGUGACUAAUUAUAAUUUCUUUCCACGAAUCGUUAAAUAAAUUAGACAACCGUUGUUUUGUCUCCACUUGAGAGAGCAUACUCGAUGUAAUGCACCUUUAAUUAUUAAUAAAUAAUAAUAAACGAUUAA